AUGGAAUUAGUUGAUGAUGUUAAAGCUCGAUUGGCUAUAUUGAGAGAGAGUGGUUGGAAUGAUUUAUUUAGUGAUGUCCAAAAAUUUUGUUUUGCUCAAAGUAUUCCGGUGCCAAAUAUGGAUGAAGAAAUACCGGUUCUGGGACGUUCAAGAAGAGAAGGGAGGACUGUCACUAAUCUUCACCAUUACCGUGCAGAGAUUUUUUAUGUUGCUAUUGACAAAAUAUGUGUGGAGAUGAAUCACUGGUUUUGUGAAGGAAGUAACGUUGUGCUGGAUUGCUUCUCAUGUCUUGACCCCAAGAACUCUUUUUCCAAGUUUGAUGUUGAUAAGCUUGCUCGUCUUGCUAAUAUUUAUCAUGCAGACUUUUCUGAUGAUGACCGUGGAACAAUAAGGGAGCAACUUGAGACUUAUGUACAUCAACUAAAAAGGCAUGCUUCUUUUACUUCUUGUGAAGAUGUUCAAAGUUUGGCUAUGAAGAUGGUUCAAACUGAUAAAUAUUUGGUAUUUCCAUUGGUUUACAAGCUCAUUGAGUUGACUUUGAUAUUGCCGGUGUCGACAGCAUCCGUUGAAAGAGCUUUUUCAGCAAUGAAGAUUAUCAAGUCUAAUUUGCGCAACAAGAUCAACGAUGUUUGGUUCAAUGACUUGAUGAUAUACUAUGAGGUAGCUAUUUUGAAAGAAUAG